CCAAUCACAACUCAGUGCCUUUGACCUAUCUUUCUCUGUCCGGUCGUCCUUUUUUCAGUAGUCGAUCGUUGUCUCACGAGCAGUACAAAGAGCCGACACAUUUCUGAAGUUUGCUCAUGGUACUUCCUGCUUAUUUCUGAUGGAUUCUCUGAGCUUCAUUGCUGUUCCAAAUUUCUCUCUCAUUUUCUUCAAUCCAGAACCCCUCUAUUCUACCAGUUCCAAUUAUUGACUAUCACUGUCUAAGCCUCAAACAUUGCUAUUCUCUGCUCAUUUUCGGUGUGGGUUUUGGCUUUUCCCAUUGUAGAUCUAAGCACGUUUGGGGUUUAUGCUUCCACCAUUGACUUGUUGAUUUGGGAAUUUUUUUCCCUUGGGUUUUGGGAAGAAAGCCUGUUCUAGAUUCCCAGGUUUUGUGGGUACGUGAAAAGGGCAGCAGAUUCCCUUCCAAUUUGCAUAUUGGUUAAAUUAAAUGCUUUCUUUGGCCAUAUGAAGCCUCUCCAGAGCCCUUCUGCAUUUCUUACUCUCUCAGCCUUCUCUCUCUUUGGAUUUUCAUCAAAGAGAGAGAGUGUAUUUCUCUAACAUCCGCUUUGGCAUGCUUUCUUGCUGCUGCUUAGAAUAUAUCUAGAACAAUGAACAGGGGAAUUGAAGUACUCUCUCCAGCCUCCUACCUCCAGAACUCUAAUUGGCUGCUCCAGGAAGGCAAAGGAACUAGAUGGACUCCAGAAGAGAACAAGCGAUUUGAGAACGCUUUGGCUCUGUAUGAUAAGGAUACAUCAGAUCGUUGGCUGAACGUGGCAGCCAUGAUUCCAGGCAAGACUGUGGCUGAUGUGAUCAAACAGUACAGAGAACUGGAAGAAGAUGUGAGUGUCAUUGAGGCAGGGCUGUUCCCAAUCCCUGGGUACAGUAAUAGUUCUUUCACAUUAGAGUGGGUCAAUGGCCAAGGCUUUGACGGGUUCAACCAAUUUUAUACUUCUGGUGGAAAAAGGGGUACCCCAACUAGGCCUUCUGAGCAGGAAAGGAAGAAAGGAGUUCCAUGGACUGAAGAGGAGCACAGGCAAUUUCUGAUGGGGCUCAAGAAGUAUGGCAAAGGGGACUGGAGAAACAUCUCUCGCAAUUUUGUGACCACAAGGACGCCGACUCAGGUUGCGAGUCAUGCUCAGAAGUAUUUCAUCAGGCAGCUUACUGGGGGGAAAGAUAAGAGGAGAUCCAGUAUCCAUGAUAUCACAAUGGUCAAUCUCCAAGAAACUAAAUCUCCUUUGUCAGAUAGUAUUAGACCUGCUUCUUCAAAUCAUCCUACAAAGGUUGUAAAUCCACACCAGAAUCAGAAAUUAGUCGGCAUGGUUAAACAGGAGUAUGACUUGCCUACGGUUUUCAAUCCCACAAAUGGAAACGUGUUAUUGGCACCAAUUUAUGGGAUUUCUUCUCGCGGAUCGAAACCACAGGAGCAGUGUAUUCUCAAAGGCACUCUUCAUGGAUUUGACCAUGGACCUUAUGAUACUAUUCUUCAAAUGCAAUCAAUGCAGCAUCAGUGAACUAUGCAUGUAAUGGAGGGUUUAGUGAAAGUCCUGGAGGUGUUAAAACACGACCCUUUUCGGUGAUGCUGCAUUAAUUUCUUCAGAUGCUUCAUGGUGUUUUAUGUGUAUAUGUUGAGGAGGACUCGGGAUUAGACCUUAGUGAUUAGACUCUGAAGAUAUCAGUACAUAUUGUAUUCCUGUAUCGAAACUCCAUGACUAGAACUAGACAACCAAGCAUCCGGGGAAGUUAUUUUAAUUAAUCCGUGAAGCUUGAAGUUGUGUAAUAUGACUUUCUGAUUACUGUUAUGGUAUUGUAGUUUUGAUGAGACUUUCUGGUGAGCAAAGAUCUGUUGUGUAACUUUCUGUCCCAGAAGAACCAAAGUUGUCUGCAGAAUGUCCCUUGGAAGAGAAGAAGAGUUACCUUUCUCUUCAUUGUCCCAGGGGCUUAAAAUAAAUAAUAAAAUAGUUCCAG